CUGUGUGAGGGUGAGUGGCGGGGUGGUGGGAGCGGGGACCCACCGGUGCCGGGCCCGGCUCAGGACCCUCCGUGCCGCAGGGUCCGGGCAGCUGCGGCUGGUGGGGGGCGGCGGGCGCUGUGCCGGACGCGUGGAGGUGAAUCACGACGGUGAGUGGGGCUCCGUCUGCGUCUUCGACUUCGACUGGGAAGCCCGCUGGGCCACCGUGGUGUGCCGGCAGCUGGGCUGUGGCCGCGUGGCCUCGGCGUCCCUCUAUGCCCCGUUCGGGCAGGGCAGCGGCCGGAUCUGGCUCCAGCCCUACUUCUGCCGCGGCGCCGAGGAGGUGCUGGAGGAGUGUCCGAACUUCGGAUGGGGCCAGCACUACUGCGGCCACGAGCGGGACGUGGGGGUGAUCUGCACAGAGGCCGUGGAGCUGAGGCUGGUGGGCGGCGGCGGUCCCUGCGCCGGGAGGGUGGAGGUGAAGCUGCGGGGACACUGGGGCUCAGUGGGAGAUGACAACUGGGACAUGGAGGAUGCCGAGGUGGUGUGCCAGCAGCUGGGCUGUGGCUCGGCUGCUGGUGCCUAUGCUGCCCGCGACCGCUUUGGCACUGGGUCUGGACCCAUCAACCUGGUCCUGGUGGACUGCAAGGGGGACGAAGCCACGCUCUGGGACUGCGAGAUCCGUGGCUGGGGACCUUAUAGGAACAACCACGACUAUGACACCGCCGUCAUCUGCCAAGGGUUUUCCCGGCUGGUUGGGGGUGACAGAGCCUGUGCCGGGCGGUUGGAGGUGCGGCAGCGCCAGGCCUGGGUUGGCGUUUGUGUGGAGCACGUGGACAUGAAGGUGGCCCAGGUGGUGUGCCAGGAGUUGGGCUGCGGCGCGGCGCUGGCCAUCCCCAGCAGCGGCCAGUUUGGGGCAGGAACGGGGCCGGUGUGGGAAGGGGUGUUCAACUGCACCGGCACCGAGCCCCUCCUCAGCGCCUGCGCCCGGCGGGUGCCCCACAGCCAGGGCUGCGCUGGUCACGCCACCAUCAUCUGCUCCUCCUACACGGGCUUCCGGCUGGGGAACAGCAGCUCGGGCUGUGCCGGGCGGGUGGAGGUGGCAGUGAGGGGCACGUGGGGGUCCGUCUGCGCCACCAACUGGGAUCUGCCUGAUGCCAACGUCCUGUGCCGCCACCUGGGCUGUGGCCACGCUGUCACCGUGCCCCCGGGAGGCUCCUUUGGCAGCGGGGACGGGCCGCUGAGGCCGGACGCCUUUGGCUGCAGCGGGAGUGAGCGGCACCCGGGCGAGUGCCCCAUGGCGGUGCUGGGGGAGCCCCCCUGCACCCCGGGGAACGCCGCCGCCGUCAAGUGCUCAGGCAUCGUCAAUUCCCUGCGGCUGGUGGAGGGUGAGAGCCGGUGUGAUGGGUGGCUGGAGUUGGCCAUAAGCCCUGGGGUCUGGCGCCGUGUGCCAGGAGAGGUUUUGUCUAGAGGGAAUUUCAGUGUGGUGUGUGGGAAGCUGGGCUGUGGUGCGCUGGACAAGAUGACCUCUGGGCCAACCGACAUCCCUCAUGGGGCUGCCAUCGUCUGCUCAGGUGGGUGUCCCGAGAAGGGCUGGGGUGCUGGUGCCCCGAGCAGCCCCCAGCCCGGUCCUUCCGUGCCCGCAGGCAGCCGGCGGGUGAGGCUGGCGGGCGGUGCCGGGCGCUGCGCCGGGCGCGUGGAGGUCUAUGCCGGUGGCACCUGGAGCAGCGUGUGCCAGGAGCGCUGGGACCUGCAGGCGGCCGCCGUUGUGUGCCGGGAGCUGGGCUGUGGCGCGGCACUGGAGGCACCCGGCUCGGCGCGCUUCGGCCCCGGCGCGGGGACCCCGUGGCCGUACGUCGUUGAGUGCGCCGGGAGCGAGGAGUCUCUCUGGGAAUGCCCACGCUCGGAACGGCGCGAGUGCGAGCGCGGGGCCGGGGCCGUCUGCUCAGAGCAGCUCUCCCUGCGGCUGGCGGGCGGGCGCGGGCGCUGCAGCGGGUACCUGGAGCUGCUCCACAACGGCACCUGGGGCCGCGUGUGCGCCACCGGCACCAGCCCCGGCACCGCCGCCGCCGUCUGCCGGCAGCUGGGCUGUGGGGACGGGGGGCAGCUGGCACCCGCCCCCGCCCAGCAGCCGGCCCCCGCCUGGCUGGCCUGGGUGGGCUGCGAGGAGGGGGCCCGCUCGCUCUGGGGGUGCCCCUCGGCACCCUGGCACCUGCAGGCCUGCGGCCCCGGAGGGGACGCCUACGUGUCUUGUGUGGAGGACAGUGACAACCCCAGCGAGACAGCCACCACCCCGUGCCCGGACGGGGCCACCUGCACAGCCGUCCCCAGCAGCAGCGGCCCUGCGGUGGCCGGGGGGACUGUGCCGGUGCCAAGCGGGCAGGUGGCCG